AUGAGGAUGAGGUUUUUUUGCAACGUUCUUCCUAUGGACGCUUGUCACAUCCUUCUGGGCCAUCCAUGGCAGUUUGACAAGAGAGCCGUGCACGAUGGCUUCACAAACCAACACUCCUUUGACCAUAAAGGAAAGAAGAUCACACUAGUGCCUUUGUCUCCAUUAGAGGUUCACCAAGAUCAGGUCCAACUCAAGAAGAACCGCGACCAGGAACCUAAGCCGGACGAGCCUGACUCAUCUCAACGAAACUCCAACUUCAUCAUAAAACAAAGUCAGGUUAAAAGGUCUCUUAACUCUCAAAAGCCAUUUCUUUUACUUGUGUAUAAAGAAUCUUUUAUGGCUUCACCUUCCCCUGACCUUGCACCGGAGAUUCCGAAUGAGAAUCCUAAGGGAUUGCCACCAGUGCAAGGCAUAGAACAUCAGAUCGAUUUUGUUCUGGGAGCCUCUCUACCGAACCGGCCAGCCUAUAUAACCAAACCAGUGGAGACCAAAGAACUUCAGAAGCAGAUUGGUGAUCUUCUGGAGAAAGGUUACAUCAGGGAGAGCCUCAGCCCUUGUGCCGUGCCUGUCCUCUUAGUGCCCAUAAAGGACGGAUCUUGGUGCAUGUGUGUAGACUGCCGUGCCAUCAACAACAUAACGGUAAAGUAUAGGCAUCCCAUUCCUAGGCUUGAUGACAUGUUAGAUGAAUUGCAUGAUCACGUGGUGUUCUUAGGCUUUGUUGUAGGUGCUGAUGUACUUAGGGUGGACGAGGAGAAGAUCAAAGCCAUCCGAGAUUGGCCGAGUCCAACGAUCGUGGGUGAAGUAAGGAGUUUUCAUGGUCUAGCCGGCUUCUACAGACGAUUCGUCCAGAACUUCAGUACCAUAGCCGCUCCACUUACUGAGGUGAUCAAGAAGAACGUUGGGUUCAAGUGGGAACAAGCUCAAGAAGAGGAUAGGAAACCCAUUGCUUACUUCAGUGAGAAGCUAGGAGGAGCCACGCUCAACUACCCCACUUUUGACCAGGAGUUGUAUGCUUUGGUAAGGGCUCCUCAAACAUGGCAGCACUAUCUUUGGCCAAAAGAGUUUGUGAUCCACACGGAUCUUCAGUCCUUGAAACACCUUAACGGCCAAUAG